AUGGCAAAGAAACGAAAUAGAGGCGGUGAUGGCGCCGAUAAUCCUCGGAAACGGCUGCGGAUUGUCCACGAAACUCCCACCGCGGAAGAUGUCCAUAACAGCCGGCAGCUCAUGCAACUUCUCGCCUUCGAGCAGGACCUGCAGAAAGCAAGACAUGGCUUGCAAUCGUUCAAAGUGUUUCUUGACGGGCUCACGAAUGAGACUGGCCCCAAGAAUGAAGACGUUGACAUUCUCAGGGAUUAUCUAGAGUCUACGAGGCCUCGACAUGAUGAUGCCGAAGCGAUGUACCUCCCAGACAUCAUGGAGACAUGGAGUUAUGCAGCACAAAUGAAUAACGACAACGUCAUGUCAGCAGUGCCGGUUGUAUUGGCUCUACUGCUGAAAUUCAUCUCGCAGAGGCUCGAUCUUGUGCCACAUGGUCUCGGGAUCGGUCGAACCAUUCUUCAGAAGCGACCGCAAGAACUGAUCGCGCGGAACCUAGCCACCGACAAGAGCAAGGAGUUCAUAAUAUCUCCCACUCUACGACUACUCAGAGAGGCAUUAUGCCUCGAUGGCGGUGCGCUCGCAAAGCCCAUCUUUCGGGCGCGCAGCAACACCUUCAAGGCGUUAGCGCGGAACAUGGGCAUCCGAUUUCUAGGAGAAGGGCUUGAAGAAUUAAAACGACCCUCUGCUCGUACAACCGCUGUCCGAUUCUUCCUAAGUGCGGUCAAGUUCCUACACCUCGAAGCAAAAGUAGAACUGCUAUCGCAGAGAGAGAUUGGGCCCGCUUUGACAAAACACCUUAGAGAUGACCCCCCAUAUCUUAUUUUCGAGAUUCUCGAUACUCUUAAGAACCACGUUCUGAAGGACGACAAACUGCCCGGCAAUAUCAAGGGCAAACUUCUCAACUCAGGCACUCUGUCCCGGAUCGCAUCGUUAUAUAACUACGAGCAUACUGUGACAGAAGAAGAGGGCAAGACGUCGGUCGAGGAUGCUGUGCACUCUUUCCUUGUAUUUGCGUGCACAACACCGAAUGCUGGUAUAUUGAGACCACAAUCAGGCUUCUAUCCACGAGGAGUUGACCCAGAUGCGCCUCUGCUGAUAGAAUCGGAGACGGCUGAUGAGCAGGGACUCGACACUGUCUCUUGGAUGAAUCUAUUUAUAGAGGAUGUCCCGGUACGGAACAUGAGCCUACUCGACUUCAUCCAACAGUUACGACCAUGGUCCAACAUGAAGCACAGUGAGCUGAUUAUUGCCAUAUUCGAAGCCGCUCCAGAAUUGGUCUGCCCCUACUUUCUGGCUAAAAAGUCAUUCACCUUUGAACCAAAGCUGUCCGCAACCUGGAUCGGUUAUGCGGCAUUCAUUUUCAAUACUGUCCAGUUGCCUAUCCCUACAGCCUUUGGUAACAGGUCAGGCUACGCGCGCAUACCGCCACCAACAUCGGUCAUGAUUGACAACAUCAUCCCGCUACCCCUGAAUCAAAAGGUCCUCCGUCGUUGCCUAACACAGCAGUCAGACUUGAUCCCAUUCUUCGCGACUCGUCUGCUGGUAGUGUCAUUGCAGAAACUUCAGGCUGUUCUACGUCUGCAUGACGAAGCGCGGGCGUCUGGGUCGAGUCAGAACCUCUGGGCAGAGUCCGCACAGAAACUUGUCAACGAAUUCUGUCAGAGAACUCCUGAUAUCAAGGAUAUAUUCAAUGUUUAUCGAGGCAUACCGGAAAUUGAUCUUCUUCAGCGCGAGGCUGCAAGUCGGGCACUACGACUAUAUUACGAAGUAAUCCCUCAAAUAGCUCUCUCAGCGAAAUUUGACAUCUCUCCGCUCCUGAUCGCGGCGAUCGCUAGGUUAGGGCAGUUCGAGGAUAAUCCUCAAGACCACGCUCUCGUUCUGGUCGAGCUCGAGAAUGUUCUUGCGAUAGCUGGCUAUUCGCCGGGCAUGAAGUGGUUUUCGAAGUCAGAUGUGCUCUCACUCUCGCCAUACACCGCCCUCCUUAAGGUUAUUCUUGACGCUCCAGAGGGGGUGGCCCUUCACCAGCUGAGGGAAGUUCUUGGUACCGUCGCGGAAGAAACGCAGCUCGUUCUACCUCAAAAGGGGCGUGGAAGCUUGAAUGCUCUACUCGACGGCCUGCAACGUACUAAGCAGUCAAGCAAGGAGAGCCUGCCUAGCGAACUAUGGGCCUUCUUAGACAAUUGCACCACUCGAUGCGCCGGCUCACCUAUCAAGUACCUCGAGAUGAUGGAGGAUACCGUGCCGAGUGCAAAGACAAAGAAGUCACGGGCGACCUCGUCCGCCGUAAGCCCUCUCGUCUUGACGAUUCUCGAGCAAUUGCCAUUUGUGAAAGCGUCGGCAAGCGACGAGACGCUUGUGACAAUAGCGCGGUUCAUCGCCGCAUACCUAAGCUUCUUGAAGCAGGCUGGAGAAGACAAGCGCUCCUUGAAAGCAAUUCUGGAGAAGAUAGUUACUGUCUUUCCUGAGAAGCAUGCGGCGCGUAAACUCCUCAAAUUGUCAGUUGAAGGCCCCGCCCAGCAGAAUCUCGAGAGCUGGGGUGCCGAUUUCUCUGCUGGAGAGGCAAGUGGUGCUUCGCAGACUUCUACCAAUGACGACGAGGGCAUGUCCGACGAAUCACUGGAGGGACAUCUAUUGAUACCAAUUCCUGACGUGGACAACUCAGUGCUCUCCAAAUGGGCGUCGAAAGAGGCCGACGAGCUCAUCGAGGAGGGGUACGCAUCCUCCCUGAUCACGCUCCUGGGGUCCGAACACGUCAGCAUCCGCAAGGAAGCCCUCAUCAGCCUCCUGAAGAUCGCAGCAAAGGUCCAGGAGUCAGCAUACGAGGAGAAAGAGCAAGUCUGGCUUCUGCUGUCAGAGCUCGCAGAGACCUCCCGGCCACAAGUCGACACCGCGCCGUUGCCCGGCCCCAUCAUUGCCUUCGCCACACACGCGCUGGAGAUCGUCAAGAACCCGCUCCACUGCCUGUACGGCAAGGUCAACACCUUCCUGACCCGGGGCCCGGUCUGGGCCCUGGACAGGUUCCCCCUGGUGCACGACAUUGUGCAGGGAGGGCCCGAGGCGGACGACGCCUACUACACCGAGCUGGGGUGGCUGCUUUCCUGCCUCCUGGGCGGCCUGCGCAGCCCCGCGGACGUGGCGCUGUUCCACAAGCGGCGGCUGUUCGAGCGGCUGCUCUCCCUGGCGAGCAACCCGUACAUCCGGGACCACCUCAAGCUCGAGAUUCUCAAGAUCCUGUUCAGGACCACGUGCGUCGAGGGCGGCAGCACCACGCUCGUCACGCGCUUUGGCAUAGUCUCGUGGUUGGAGGCGCAGGCGGCGAAGCCAAACUCGGGGGCCGACGCGGGGAUGCACAAGGCCCUCCUGAGGAGGAUAUGGCAGACAUGCGACCAGGAGAGAGUGUCGACCUGGAGCAAGCAGGGUUUCAGCGGCGAUUCCGGCGAGUCCGCUGCCAAAGCCUAA